GAAAGAUGGAUUCUGUUGACGUAUUUGGCGGCCCUGGCGAGCCGGGUGGAAAGUUGGGUUUUGCCAGAUCGUGCUGGGCUCCUCUUUGUGACACUCAGCCAGCCCCGCAUCCUCCUGGAGCCGGGAGCACACUAGGCCUGCAUGCUGUGCUAUCUGGAAGUGCCAAGGAAUGAACGUAUCCUCCAGAAGCAACCCCUGACCAGUGAUGGAUGGAAGUUGGUGACUAAACACCCUGACUUCCUGGCCUCUCAGUUGACAUAGCCCUGAGGAAUGUGUUCUACACAGUCUCCCAGAAUUCCCCAGUGGAACUGAGCUCCAGUUGCCUGCAGUGGCCAAGUGGCAUCAGAGCCCAGUGAUGGACGACCUGCAGUCCCAGAACCUCUCCAUGGACAUGACCGACUCCCCUCCCACCUUGGCCAAUAACAGACUGGAGAAUGGUAUGGCCCAGCUGAUCACCACUGAGGCCUGGAACAUCAAUUCUACUGACCUGGUCAAGAAGGCCCUUGUGACUGUGCCUGCCCCAUCCAUUCUGAACCCACCUGCUGAGUCCCAGAGUGGCAUGGCUCUGAAGGUGGCGGCCACUGUGUUGCAGCCCCUGUGCCUUGGGGAAAGCCCAGUGGUGAUGCCCAUUCACAUGCAGGUGGAGGGAAGCUCUGCACCGGAGCUCAACCCCAAUGGCAAUGCCACCUAUGUCAUGACCACACAGGGCCCUGUGCAGCUGCCUGUGGUGCUGGAGCAGCACGUCUUCCAGCACCUCAACUCCCCUCUGGUCCUGCCACAGGAGGCCCCAUGUUCCUCCAAUGCCAUCCACAAUAACCUCUUCCAGGGGGCUGAGGACCCCGAGGCCCAGCCCCAACUCCUGGACCUGAGGAUCCCUAGCCAGCCACAGGAGCCCACAUUGCCAUUCGAAGCUGUGCUUCAGAAUUUGUUCCCCUCCCAGGGUUCUCUCGGGCCUCCACCCUGUCAGCCUCCUCCAGGCUAUGCUCCAGUGCCCCCGCAGCCCUUUAACUCCCCCUUGUCUCCCUUGGUCCCACCAGCCACCCUCUUGGUUCCCUACCCUGUGAUUGUCCCCUUGCCUGUGCCAGUCCCCAUUCCCAUUCCCAUCCCAGUGCCUCAGAGUUCUGAAUCCAAGUUCAGCCCCAGUUUCCCCAAGCCACCAUCUUCUUUCAGCCUGCACUCCUUUAAAGGCACUCAGACCUCUCUGGAAAAGGAUGAACUGAAACCCUUAGACAUCCUCCAGCCGAAGGAGUACUUCCAGCUUAGCCGCCACACGGUCAUCAAGAUGGGGAGUGAGAAUGAGGCCCUGGAUCUCUCCAUGAAGUCAGUGCCCUGGCUCAAGCCUGGCGAAGUCAGUCCCCCACUCUUCCAGGAGGAUGCAGCCCUAGACCUAUCGCUGGCAGCCCACCGGAAGUCUGAGCCUGCCCCUGAGACACCGUAUGACAGCAGUGGGUCUGUAGACAGCCCAGGCCAUACUGUGAUGGAGAAACUUCCCAGUAGCAUGGAAAUGCCCUUUGCCCCUGCCACAUCUCACGAGGCCUCAGCCAUGAUGGAUAGCCACAUUGGCAGCAGCAAUUCUGCUGAGAUGGUCAGCCAGCCUAGCCACCCUAGUGGUGAGGUCAAGGCUGAAAAUAACAUUGAGAUUGUAAGUGAGUCCCAGGCGGCCAAGGUCAUCGUCUCAGUUGAAGACGCUGUACCUACCAUCUUCUGUGGCAAGAUCAAAGGCCUCUCAGGGGUGUCCACCAAAAACUUCUCCUUCAAAAGAGAAGACUCUGUGCUUCAGGGCUAUGACAUCAACAGCCCAGGAGAAGAGGCCCUGGGAAACGCGGAGCCCCUUAGGAAACCCGUCAAAAACCGGAGCAUAAAGUUAAAGAAAGUGAACUCCCAGGAAAUACACAUGCUCCCAAUCAAAAAACAACGGCUGGCCACCUUUUUUCCAAGAAAGUAAAUAAUGGCUUUUUAAAAUUUUUAUGAUUAUAACAUGGGGAAAGGUGCAUUGGUUUUUUAAAAAGGCAUUUAAAACAAAUUAUCUUUGUUAAUUAUUUUGGGGAGUAGGAGGGACGUGGAAAGGUAAAUUGGCUCUAGAGGCCCUGUAAGCUAGUAUCAUUUUCUUUUUUAAUUUUUGACUUUUCACAAAUGAGUAAAUAAGAGCAACCUAUUUUUCAAGCAGAUUGCACAUUUUUUGCAGCUUUAAUGGAAUAUUGGGUGAAUCAGAGGGGUAAAAAAAAAAGCUAUUUUCAUUGCCACAAAGUGCUUUGAUGAUGUAAUACCUAAUAAAGGGUAGGAUGAAUAUUUCACAAUAAAUGUUUGUUUGCACUAAUUGGUUGCAGUAUUCUGUCAUUUAUAAAAUUUACAUUCCUUAGCUGGCAAGAUUAGGCCAAAACUCUUGCUUGUAAAGAGCUGUAAGUUAUCUGUGUUUAGAGACCUAAGCUCUUCAGGCAUAUUGGGAAAUAUUACCCUGUGCCCCCAUAAAAGAAGGACCAGGAAUUUGUAUGGCCUUGAGUGAGUCAUUUCCCCCUCUAGGCCUUGGUGGGGUUUUUUUCCCUGUAAAAAUGUGGCAAAAAAAAAGGGAGCAGGGAGGUGAGUUUCCAGUACUCCAGGCUCCUUCCAAUUCACAUAGUUCUACACCUGGACUUUCUACACACUAAAACAAAUGUCUCUAAAAGAAAUUGACUUGUUUCCCUCCCCCACCCCAGAGUUUAGCUGGAAAGGGUCUUCUUUCCAAAGGAAAUAAGAGCAUUGUUUUCAAUGAUUGAAAAUCUUGCAAGUCUAAAAUAUUCUGAGGCCACUCAGAAUAAGAGUUACUUGCUGAUAGAUUUAGAUAUCUCCUAAUUUUUCUCAGAUUUGGAUAGAGAUCUUUGAGAUGGGGGAAGGAAGAGAAAGUCAUUCUUUGUUAGUUUAGUCUAGUGGUUCUCAAAGGAGGGUGAUUGGGCCCCUCAGAGGACAUCUGGCAAUGCCUGGAGACACUUUUGGUUGUCAUAUCUGGGGGAGGUGAUUCUACUGGCUUGUAGUGGAUAGAGAUGAGGGAUGCUGCUAAAUGUCCUAUAACGCACAAGACAGACCCCCCAAACAAAGAAGUCAUCUGACCUGAAAUGUCAAUAGUGCUGAGACUGAGAAGCCCUGGUUGAGCCAUUGCUUGAUGGAUGGAAGCAAUGCACUUGGAAGGAGAGAAUAGCGUGUUGCUCUUCUGACAACAUACAGCCACCCACACAAAUGAGGAACUGUGAGCGUGCGUUUAAAAUAGACCUGCUAGGUGGCACAUAGCACUUGUGUCUGAAACUGUGCUGGCGAGAGACUGAUUAGUGCAUGCCUGCUUUUCAACUUCCAGCUCUUUCUUUCACUUCUUGCAAUUAGUAUGUAUCCAGCUGUUACUGUGAACAUGAACAGGAGGAAAAGCAGUCGCGAGACUGUUCUUUUAUUACCCUGUGUGUAUAGGGUUACAGUUUUAGCUGGUCCUGUAUCAGACACUCAGAGUGGCUUUUCUUUUUCCUGCUCUUUUCUCUGUGUUGUUAAAAUUUCUUUCUCAAAGUGUGACCAUUUUCUUUUUCAAAGUAUAACCAAAUAGCUAUUUCACAUCAGGCUAACUAGUCUCCAGCAUCAGCUGGACUCCAGCCUUUCAGCUUCUACACAGUACAGUCAUUUUUUUUUUUCUUGUUUUUAUUCUCCAUGUGGGUUUCUGGCCAUGAUUCCUGAGCAUAGCACAUGUAUUCUAGUUUCAAAUCAAACACAAAUGUGCUAGCAACUAGCGUCCCCCAUUCGUCUGCUGUCUCUUCUCCCCAUGCUUACAGUUGUUUCUGUUGCCACACAGCGCUGGACAGCCUUUUCUGUCCCAGCCAAUAGGGCCUGUGACUUCACAAUGUGUCAGGACUGAUCUGGAUUUAGAGGAAAGAACUUGCAAUUUACCCUUUAGAAGUGAGUGCUUAAAGCUGAGUGACAUACAAGUGGAAAGGCAGAAAAUUGUAGCCUGUAAUUACCUUAUAAACCUCAAACCACAAAUUUCUCUUUGUUGUAUUGGGGAUGCCCUUCUGUCUUCAGAUGGCAGCUCUGGUAGAGUGAGAAAGGUUGGCCCCACAGCCCAUCUGGGUGUGGAGGCAGUGCAGGCCAAACCCCAGGCCCCUGAUGGAUUCCUGAAUAGGCCUCCCCACCAAUACCAGCCAUGCCUAUUUGUGGUCCUUGCCAUUCAUCAGUGGGAGCUUUGGGGAAAGAGGCUAUUGUGAGUAUGGCUAUAGCUUCAGAAGACUUGCCCUUGAUAUCUGUGAAGGCCUCACUAGUGUUGGGGCCAGGGUUGUGCUACUAAGGUGGCCACACCCUCUGCCUGCCCUCUUUCUUGGCCUUUGAUGGAAACUGAAAUCCAAUGUGCUUAGCUAUAUGCAGGCCAAGGAAUGGGGGGAGGGAAAGGGCCAUUCCUAUGGCCAGAGCAAGCCUGGGGUUCAGGAUGGUUAAAUUGCACAUGCCUUUCCCAGUCAGAAGUUUGCAGCCUUUCACAUGAACCUUUAGAGCUGGCAGCCUGGAACUGUGGUUCUUAGCUUGAGGAAUAUGAUUCCCAUGGGGCUCACCAAGUAAAGCAAACUCUGAAGCCUCAUCAUUUUUCUUCUUGAUUUCGGCCAGCUGUUAUCUCCCCACCCCUCACAACUAUCUCCAGAUAACCUACUUUUAGGUUUGGAUCAUGCUGAAUUUCCAUCAGGCUUUUAUUCAUGACUUAAUUUCCCAUCUCCCCUAUAGAUAUUUUGGAUUAACUAGCCUAAAGAUCAACCUUUCCGGCUUUUUUUUUUUUUUUUAAAAAGAAACAUGAUUAGUCCCCAGGAAUGUGGAUAUUUGCUUAAGACUUCUCGUGAUGGCUUCAGCUGGCUUCAAUGCAGAUAUGAUAAAAAAAAUUGGAACAAGUCAGGAAUAUCCACAUUUGGGGAUAGUGAUCCUCUGGUAGAAUACAAACUAAUUGAUUGAAAGGGGGAAAAGGAAAGAUUUAAAGGGGAUACACUUACUAUCCUAACUAAGGGACUCCUAAUGACCAGAAAAUUGUACAUUUGUUUAGAUUCAAAGACAGAACUGUCACUUUUAAGCAUGAAAAAAAUGCCUAUAAUGAUAAAAACUCCAAACAAAAAGAGAAAAGGAAGGAAGAAGGAAGGAAAGGGAGGGAAGGAGAGCGAGAACAUUCUAGGUGACAAGUCAAUAGACUCAUUAUCUUCAUAAAGAGUCUAGGAAAGGACUUUGUUCCAUUUUACAGGGAGGAAAUUGAGGUUCGGAAGAGUUUUCUGCUUUCAGUUUUUAAGCGUCAACAACUCAAAAAAUAUGUACUUUGCAAUAUCCGUAAAUAUGGGGUCUGAAACCCAACGAACCCACAGGAAUUUGGAUCCUUUGGGGGAAAAAACAGUAUGAAUUAGUGAAGAGUCUGAAUUUCAGAUUUUUUUCAAUUAUUUUAAAGACCAUUCCAGUUAACUGGAACGCCCGGAGCACUUGGCACAAUGGGAAAGGGGAGAUUUCAAGCUGAAGGGUGGAGAUGCCAAGCGUCUAAAAGCCACACUUAAAAGCUGCUAAGCUGAAAACUUUAACAGCAGGGAAAAAAGUGUUAGAGGUCAUUCUGGCAGACUUUACUCCUCAUUAAAUAAAAAAGGCAGUUUUCCACAACAGCUCACUUCCACCAGGUCAAAUAACUGACCUCCCACAUCAGUGAGACAAAACAGGAUGUAUUCAAGGCUCUUAGGGUGCUAUUUUAAUAAAUCGAUCAUUUAUUUUAAUUAACUUGGGUUGAUUUGAUACUAAAUGGUACAUGUAAGUGCUUGGAAGAAUUAGUUCUAAAUAUUGCAAAUAAUUUACCUGCAACUUUUUAUUAGACCAGGGAAUUUCUAAGCCAAGUGAGAUUUUAGCAAUGCUCUGCUGAAGUUUUGAAUAAAUCCAAGCUAAAGGAGAUGAACAGCUGAGGUUUACUAUGUUAAUUCAACUUGUAGGUUAUUUUUCCACCUACUGUCUUCUGUAUAUGAACUCAUAUACAACUGUAAGCUCACUCUGUUGAUAAAAAUGAUAGUGGUCACCCUGCUCUGCUAAAUAAUAUCUUCAAUCUAAGAUUUGGACAAACCAGGCAAUUAAUAAGAGUGUAAUGAGGCCUUAUGAAAUCAGGAGCACCAUGCUGUUGGUCCUGAAUGAUAGUGGGGCCUAAAUAGUUUUAUUUGUGAUCAUUUCAAAUAAAGAACUUGAUUUUCUUCAGUGCAGCCAUUUUUUACUUGGACAUAUUUCAAGCAACAUUAAGAAAUACCACACUGAACAGAAAAGUCUUUGAGAGCAGGGAUUGAGUCUUAGUUCUCUCAAAGUCUCUCAAUCUUAGCACUAUUGACAUCUGGGGCUGGAUGGUUCUCUGUAAUGGAGGGCUAUCUCAUGCAUUGCAGGAUGUUCAGAGGCAUCCUUGGCUUCUUUGUGUGAGAUAAUAAAAAUUUCUCCAGACAUUGCCAACUGUCCCUCAAGGGUUGGGAUCAAAGUCAUCCCUGAUCCAGAAUCACUGCUUUAUCUCUGGUGCCUGACACCUGGCCCAGAACAGAGGCUCAAAAGUUCCUUGAUAAAGGAACAUGAUCAACCAAUCAGGAAGAAGAAUCUAGAGCAAUGGUCUCUGAUAUCCCACUCAUAUUUUCUGCUUUAUUUCUAUAAGGCUAAUCUGGCCAGGAAAUGAUUAUUUGGUACCAGUGUUCACCUAUCCAAAAGGUUGUUAUUUAUCUACCAUGUCAUGUGCCCUCUAGAACCUUCCCUCUAGUAAAGGAGUUUCAGCAGGAUUACCACCUCAAAGAAAUAGCAAGCAUUCUGCCAGUCCUGACAGGAUGCCUCAUUAUUUUACUAGCACCAUGAAACUGGAAGGAUCCAUUAUUCAAAACUCACCCUGUGAUGACUGUUCAUUGGUCUUAUUUCCAAGGGUAGCAUAACCCAGGAAUUCACAAACAUUGCCAGAAAGUUGGGGUUUUUUCCCCUUAUGUUUUACCUAAAUCCUUUUUGCUGUAAUUGAGCCCAGAGUUUUGUCUUUAAUGGAAACAAAAGCCAAAGCUCCUCUUGUAGUCUUUGUAUAUGUAAGCACCAGAUCUUUUUGCAGCCUCCUUCCCUUGGACUCAAGAGUCCCAUCUCCUCUCACUUUCUUGGAGUUCCUACUUUAUAAUCCUGUCGUCAUCUUGGUUGCUCUUUCCCCAAUUUCUCCAUCUACUUUGUAGAGUCAAGAACUCCAGGUAGGUGAUGAAAAUGUUCUAAAGUUGAUUGUAGUGAUGGUUGUACAACUCUGUGAAUAUACUUCUAAAAACUUUGAAUUGUACACUUUUAAAUGGGUGAAUUGUAUGGUAUGUGAAUUAUAUCUCAAUAAAGUUGUUAUCUUCUAAAAAAUAAUAAAAGAACCCCAGAUAGAAAUUGGGAACUGA